ACCACCAAACAUGUCUGCUCUGUUUCCACCUCUGUUGUACUUCAGGUUUACUCAACUGCUAUAUAUCUGCUGUAUUUCAGGUCAAUCCAAAGACCACCAGACCCAAAACAACAUCAUCUCGUCUUUUGAGCCUCUAAUGUCAGAGCUGGACCGACUACUAGGUCGUUCACAAGUGUUCGUUAGUUUUUGUAAAGACGAGCUUGGCGACAACUUUGUCAUGCAUCUCGUAUGGGCUUUGAGAGACUCAGGGAUCAAUGUCUUCACAGACACCUACAACCCUAGAGAAAAACAACAGCAACAACAAGUAUUGACAAGUAGUAUAGAGAAGUCGAAUAUCGCGCUGGCCAUCUUCUCAAAGAGGUACUCGGAGUCAAAUUGGUGCUUGAAUGAGCUUGCAAAAAUGAACAAGCUUGCAAAGGAAGGAAAACUUGUGGUCAUUCACGUGUUCUACAACGUGAAACCAAACGAAGUUAGAAAACUCCAGGGAGAGUUUGGAAUACAUUUUAGGGAUACAAAAGAGAGAUUUGCAAUGGAACCAAUGAUGGUUCAAAGUUGGGAAGAAUCCUUGAAGUCCCCUAUUAUGACAGGACGAAUAGACAUGAGCUUGGAAGCACACAUGUAAACGAAUUUGCUCUUGUUCGCGCCAUUGUUAGAGAGGUUUCAAGAUUAUUACCAAACUCUCCAAGAAGAAGAAAAUUAGGGAU